CUGAGUUUGUAGCCGUGUUUUAUUGGUGUUGUGGCAAGAUGUCCGCCCUGAGUAAAGAUGGCGGCGUUUUCACCAACUGUACAGAUCCAGAAUCGUCUGCAGGAAAGCCCCCCCCUCUCUCUUUAAAGGAAGGGAAGAACUUCGUUGGAGGGAACCUAGGUUCCGGAAGGAUAUGGCUUUCAGUUCUCUGACAACACUUAAACACGGUAGUAUAGUUUAUCUGGCGUAAUUUAAUGCUGUAAUAUGAUGUCAGUUGGGUGUAGAACUUACAUUCUUCUAUACACUCUUCUUUUUAGCAUCCAGAGUGAUUGUUUGUCGAUUGCCAACUAGCUCCUCGGCGGUGUGCAGUGAGUUAGUCCUUCAACUCAUGUUUUUCUAGGUUUUAAAUCAAUCCGACCAUUUGUUUCUUAAACAGUUUUAUGGCACAGCAGCAGCAGUAAAACAUCAGCUUGGGGGUGCAUAAAGGAAGAUUUUGUUUUCGUGUUAAAACCCGGUGUAUUUGUGGGAAGACGUUUUGAGAAGCAAUUGUCAUAGCAAAGCGUUCAGUUUCUUAACAUUUACAAAAGUCAGAUUGGGGAAAAACUGUAGGCUCACAACGUUUUCACUUUUGUUACCUUGGCCUACAAAUUGAAAUUCUCCUUGAUUUCUUGACAGUACAUACUUUAGCCAAUAACGAUUUGAAUAUAACCAUUUUUCACCUAAAAAACAUGAUAGUUAAUGCAUUGCUAAACACAAAUACACACACCAGUCGAGCCAUAAGAUUUUUUUCCCCGACAGAAAUCUCACUUUAACAGUGCUCUCAUUACUGUAGGGGAUUCUGGGUAGGUAUAUGCAAAUGAGCUCAACAAAGAACCACUUUUUUGUCUCAUAAUUCCACUUUAUACAUGGAUUACUUGGAGUAGAUAUCUGCUCUAUUCAACAGCUUUAAGCACAAUUAGGGAAGAGGAGCAAAGCCAGUGAACAAUUCCUGUAUGAGGUUCUUUGUUGAGCUUAGUUGCAUACGCCUACCCAGAAUCCCUUGCAGUAGUGAGAACACUGUUAAAGUGAGAUUUCUGUGGGAAAAGCAAGUCUUAUGGCUUGACUGGUGUGUAUUUGUGUUUAGUAAUGUAUUAACUAUUUAAUGUGUGUGGUUUAAAAAAUUUGUAUCUUGUAAUACUUUUUUUUUUUAAUGGACUAACAGAUUGGGUUUUUAAUGACAAACGUUCGUGAGAACCUCCCUUUCUCAAGUCUGAAGCAUUUCUGACCAAGACGACACGUAGAAUUUAAGAUCAGACCGAUUUAAUGGAACAUAGACACCAUUCUUGCAGAGGGUCAUAAAUAUCUUAUGUGAAGCACAGAGACACACACACUUUUUUUUUUCUCUUCUUCUUCUUCUCUGCAAGAUUCUCCCAAUACUUUUGAUGGUCUUAAUUAAUUUUUACACUACAUCUCUUAGUGACCUGGUUAUUUUCUUAGAUUUAAAAAGCAAUCCAUAAACACUUAGAUUUAUCUCUUCACAACUGAUCUCUCCCUCCUUUGUAAUUGCCUUUAUUUUGUCUGUAAUUAGAUGUCUUACAAUUUAUUAAUUUUUUUUUUUCUAUAUCCUAACUUCUCCUUUUACACAAUGCAGAUAUUCCACUUGUACCAAACUCCAUGUAGGUUUUUAAAAAAAAAUAAAUAAAAAAAAACCCCACAAAGCAUCAUAACCAAAACUAUUUACUCAAAGCACUCCUUAUCCCCUUAAUGAUGGGGAAACCCUUAAGGACGAGUGACUGACCGUGAUCGCGGGGUUAACAGUUCUCCAGUCUGCCUCUGUAUUAGAGGCAGACCGGGAGCACCCGAUCUCGCUGCCCCAGCACUGGUGCCUGUCAGAGCGAGCACAUGUGCUCAGUAUACUCACCAUCCUCCUCCCUGCACUUCCUGGUUCUGUGUGAAGUGCAGGGAGACAGAUCAUCACUGAUCUUGUCCCUGUUAGAAAAAAUAAAGUUAAUUUAAAAUCCCACCCCUCUUUACCCAUUUUAAUAAAAAAUUAACCCCUUCCCUGCCAAUUGAUCACUGACUACAGUGAUCAAUUGGCAGGGAUUGUAUUUUACUACCUUUUUUCUUUUUAUUUUUUUUCUUCAGGGGUUAAAUUUAUUUUAUUUAAAUAUUUUAAAAUUAUAAAUUUAGCUAGCUGGGGUGGGUGGAAGUUAGUGGGGAAUUGGGAGAUUUGGUGUUAGGCUAACUAGGGGUUAACGUUAAAAGUUUUAAAAUAAGCUUUAAAAAGUUCAAAAUUAAGUUAAAAAGUUUUUUUAAUAACGUUUAAGCAAAAAAUAAAAAAAACCCCGUUUAGCCAGUCCAAAUAAAAAUUAACCCCUUCCCUGCCAGUCGAUCACUGCCUACAGUGAUCAAAAUACAGAUUACAGUAUUAUACUGUGAUCUAACUUUUUUUUUUUUUAACUUUUAAUUUUUAACCCUCAGGGGUUCAAUUUAUUUAACUAAUUUAAAUAUUUUAUAAUUAUAUAUUUUGCUAGCUGGGGUGGGUGGGAGUUAUGGGAAAAUGGGGAAUUUACGGUUAGUGCUGCUUACUGCUAGUUAGUGGUUAACGGUAAAAAAAAAAAAAACUUAGAAAAAUGUUAAAUCUGAAAAAAAAAUAAUAUUUAGGAAAGUUUAAAAAAAUUAAUAAGCAAAACAAGUUUAAAAACUAGUUUUUAAAAAGUAAAAAAAAAAAAAAUACAUUUUAAAAACGCUCAUUACCGCUGGGGGCGGAGCCAGCUUCCGAGCAGGAUAGACGCUCAGCACUACUGCUCCGGGCACCGAGCCGAAAAAACGUUGCCCAGAGACAAUAAACACCGACUCACCGGCGCAAUAAAGACAGAGCACGGACUCCCUGUGUCAUGGGGAAGAAAUCCAAAAAACAGAGGGCAGAUCCGAGCACAGGAUCUGGAGAUAUCGGAGCUUUUCUCCGCGCAGCCACGCGGCCGGCAAAUCCCAAGAUGGCGCCGGAGGCCUACACCUCCCAAUCCUCGGACGAGGAUAGCCACUACACUGAACACUCCAUACUGAGCCAAGGGCGCCAGGCACCUCAGAGACCCCAGGAUCAGGGAGACUCAGCACCCGCUACCAAAGCGGAUAUCAAAGCCCUGGUUAAAGAAAUCAAGACCAUGUUUCAGGCAGAUAUGGCACUGGUGAGGGAGGAUAUUGCUGUGCUAACAAACAGGGUGACAGCAGUGGAAGAGGGCACAAAAGGUACAACGCUGGCGCAAAAUGCCACAGAUGCUGCACUGAACGCCUUGCGCAAGCAGUGUGCCGACCAGCAAGCACAACUGGCGGACAUGGAAGAUAGGCACAAGACGCGGAACCUGAGGGUCCGGGGAGUACCGGAGACAAUCUCUGGCACUGAACUGCCACAUUUCUGCCGACGGCUUAUAGCCACACUGCUGACACCACGGCAAGCGAAACAGGUAAUGAUCGAUUCCUGCUUCAGGCUCUCCAGGGCGACCUCUACGCCACGAGAAGGAGCUAGCGACGUCCUGAUAAAAUUUGUGAGAGACUCUGACAGGGGAAUACUUAUGGGGGCCACAAGAGACACUCCCACAGUGCCAUUUGAGGGGGCACAACUAGCUUUUUACAGAGACUAUUCAAGACACACUAUACAAUGGAGGAAAUCUUUCCGUCAGGUUACACAACUACUACGGGAUCAAGCCAUCCCCUACAAGUGGGGCCCACGCAGACUACAGGCGGACAAGGCAGGCGUGACACACAAGCUAUCACACACUGCUGAAAUACCAGCAUUCCUCAGAGCAUUGGGCAUACCGGCGCAGGAAGCACAAGAAACAGCUCGACCACCUUGGACUGUGGCAGAUAUCACCCCCUUCGUGCCCAGAGGAGAAGGCCUACAAGCUGCUACCCUGCCUACUUGAUACAGCUGCAGCCAUGCAAGUUCCACAUAUUUUUACCUGUUGUAGACAACAGGAGCACCAACUAGACCCGGGACUGUUAAUCCCCCUCCUUAGAUAACUUCCUCCCACUGGCUCCGUAAGCUACGGCUCAGGUUCUAUGACCAAGUUAAUCUCCCUCCCCCUUUUUAUUGUAUUUUGAGUGCACAAAGCAGAAUUAAUAUUGCCUGUAUCCCUCACACUCGAUAAGCGAAUACAGCCUUUUUACAAAAUCAUAGCAUUAAGCCCUAUUCACAGGUCCGGCAGGACCCAUGCCAUAUACCCACACAUUUAGACGUGCCUUAAGUCCACGCCACAUAUACCAUGCCACUACUAAGCCUAUGGGCACCCACAGCUCUGACCGAGCCCCACUAAGCAGGUCACCCUCCCUGAUGUGCCAUUCGUUAAUGCCACACGUAAAUCCACACAAACGAGCUUCAGGGCACUCACCGCCAUAGGAAAGGAGCCCCCCCAACACAUCACCACUUCCCCGCGAGAGUACAGGCGAGAGAGGGCUGUAAAAGCUAUUCGAAACUUAAAAAUGGAUAUUUCCCGCAACAUGUUGACAUUACUGUGUGAUUUGUUCAUUAUAUUGCCAAACAUGUAAUAUUGUAAACAACAUGCUUUAUCCACAAAAAUAAAGAAUUAAAAAAAAACAAAAAAACGCUCAUUACCAAUACACCUGGAAUAAACUAGAGAAAAAAUGAUCCCACGCCAAAGUUCAAAAUAUACUUUUUGAAUUACCCCAGGGUGUAUUCUUUAAUAAAUAGUAUGUGUUUUGUGGGGAAGUUUCAAUAACCAACCAUCUAAACUACUCCAAAUUGGAACAUGGACACAGCGUAAAACUUCAAAGUUAGAAAAAACUCAAUGGCUGUGUCUCAAAUGUGCCAUUUCAACGUCCACAUAUACCUGGCAAAGGUACAUACGGGGGUAUUGCUGUACUCAGAGCACAUAGCUGAGCAACAUAUUAAGUAUUAUACAGUCGUAGCACACAUAAGAUUUGCAAAAUAUACUGUUCAAACUCACUUUGUGUGUCAAAAAGGCAGAAAAAUGCUUAUUACCACUACACCUGGUACAAGCUAGCGGAAAAAUGAUCCCACGCUAAGGUUCAAAAUGUACCUUUUGAAAUACCCUGGGGUGUCUAAUUUAAGAAAUGUUAGGCCUUUGUGGGGUAGUUUGAAUUUAAAACUUGCGAAAAUGCUUGGAAAUUGCACAUAGGCCCAGCGUCAAAAUUCAAAAUUAUGUAAAAACUGAUAUGGUUUGGUCUUCUAUAUGGCACUGUAACUUCACGAAAUAGUGCCAAAGACAUUCAUUGGGGGGUGUCUUUUUACUCAGAAGACUUAGCUGAGCAUAAUUUGGGGGAUUUGAACUUAGUGGCACAUAUGUGGAGUUACAGUGCUGUAAAAGAGACGUGACAAGUUCAGGUUUUUAAGUGUGAAUUUUCAUGGAGGGUUUUGAUGCGUCCGUGUCCUAGAAACAUAGAAUGUGACGGCAGAUAGCCAUUCGGCCCAUCUAGUCUGCCCAAUUUUCUAAAUACUUUCAUUAGUCCCUGGCCUUAUCUUAUAGUUAGGAUAGCCUUAUGCAUAUUCCACGCAUGCUUAAACUCCUUUACUGUGUCAACCCCUACCACUUCAGCUGGAAGGCUAUUCCAUUCGUCCACUACCCUCUCAGUAAAGUAUUCCUUCCUGAUAUUAUUUUUAAACCUUUUGUCCCUCUAAUUUAAGACUAUGUCUUCUUGUUGUUGUAGUUUUUCUUCUUUUAAAUAUGGUCUCCUCCUACUGUGUUGAUUCCCUUUUAUGUAUUUUAAUGUUUCUAUCAUAUCCCCCCUGUCUCGUCUUUCCUCCAAGCUAUACAUGUUAAGAUCCUUUAACCUUUCCUGGUAAGUUUUAUCCCGCAAUCCAUGAACCAGUUUAGUAGCCCUUCUCUGAACCUCUCUAAGGUAUCAAUAUCCUUCUGAAGAUACGGUCUCCAGUACUGUGUACAAUACUCCAAGUGAGGUCUCACCAGUGUUCUGUACAAUGGCAUGAGCACUUCCCUCUUUCUACUGCUAAUACCUCUCCCUAUGCAACCAAGCAUUCUGCUAGCAUUUCCUGCUGCUCUAUUACAUUGUCUGCCUACCUUUAAGUAAUCAGAAAUAAUUACCCCUAAAACCCUUUCCUCAUAUGUUGAGGUUAGGACUCUAUCAAAUAUUUUGUACUUUGCCCUUGGGUUUUUACGUCCAAAAUGCAUUAUCUUGCACUUAUCGACAUUAAAUGUCAGUUGCCACAAUUCUGACCAUUUUUCUAGUUUAACUAAAUCAUUUGUCAUUUGGCUUAUCCCUCCUGGAACAUCAACCCUGUUACAUAUCUUAGUAUCAUCAGCAAAAAGACCUACCUUACCAUCAAGACCUUCUGCAAUAUCACUAAUAAAAAUAUUAAAGAGAAUGGGUCUAAGUACAGAUCCCUGAGGUACCCCACUGGUGACAAGUCCAAGUGUCCCACUUUGGAGUACUUGAGCAGGCUACAUAUUACAACUACACCAUAAAGGCAUACCAUUUCUUAAAGAACACAUCCCAGGGUAUUUCAAAAGGCCUAUUUGAACCUUAGUGUGGGAUCAUUUUUCCGCUAGCUUGUACCAAGUGUAGUGGUAAUAAGCAAUUUUUUCUGCCUUUUUUUGACACACAAAGCGAGUUUGCGCAGUAUAUUUUGCAAACCUUAUGUGUGCUAUGACUGUAUAAUACUUCAUAUGUUGCUCAGCUAUGUCGGCUGAGUACAGCAAUACCCCCCGUAUGUACCUUUGCCAGGUAUAUGUGGACAUUGAAGGGGCACAUUUGAGACACAGCCAUUCCAGUUUUUCUCAAACUUAAAAUUUUUACGCUGUGUCCAUGUCCCAUUUUAGAGUAUUUUACAAGGCUAUAUAAUCCAAUUACACCAUAAAGGCAUACCAUUUCUUAAAGAAGACAUCCCAGGGUAAUUCAAAAGGCAUAUUUUGAACCUUAGCGUGGGAUCGUUUUUCCGCUAGCUUGUAUCAAGUGUAGUGGUAAUAAGCAUUUUUUUUUUUUAAAUGUAUUUUUGACUUUUUAAAACCUGUUUUUUUAAAUUUUUUUUUUUAACUUAUUAAAUGUUUUACACUUUCUUAAAGGACCACUAUAGUGCCAGGAAAACAUACUCGUUAGUUCCCUGAGGGUGCCCCCACCAUCAGGGACACCCUCCCGCCGGGCUCUGGGGAGAGGAAGGGGUUAAACACUCACCUUUCUCCAGCGCCGGGCGGGGAGCUCUCCUCAUCCUGUCUGCAUCCUCUUCGGCUGAAUGCGCAUGCGUGGCAGGUUGCUGCGUGCGCAUUCAGCCAGUCUCAUAGGAAAGCAUUUAUAAUGCUUUCCUAUAGACGCUUGCGUCUUCUCACUGUGAUUUUCACAGUGAGAAGCACGCAAACGCCUCUAGAGGCUGUCAAUGAGACAGCCAUUAGAGGCUGGAUUAACCCAUUUAUAAACAUAGCAGUUUCUCUGAAACUGCUAGGUUUAUAAAAAAAAUAAAUGGGUUAACCCUAGCUGGACCUGGCAUCCAGACCACUUCAUUAAGCUGAAGUGGUCUGGGUGCCUAGAGUGGUCCUUUAACUUUUUUUUUUUUACACUUCUAAACUUUUAUUUAUUUAUUUAUUUUUUUUUUUUUUUAGUGUUAACCCCUAACUAGCAGUAAGCAGCACUAACCGUAAAUUCCCCACCUUACCCACUCAGCUAGCAAAAUAUAUAUAUAUAUAUAAUUUUUUUUUUUUAAUUGAAUAAAUUGAACCCCUGAGGGUUAAAAAAAUAAAUAAAAGUUAAUCCUCAGGUUAAAAGAAAUUAAAUUACAGUAUAAUACUGUGAUCUGUAUUUUGAUCACUGUAGGCACUGUGAUCAACUGGCAGUAAAGGGGUUAAUUUUAAUUUAAACUGGGUAAAGGUUUUUUUUUUUAAAACUUUUUUUUAAAGUUUACCCCUAAUUAGCCUAACACCAAAUUCUCCACUAACUUCCACCCCUCCCAGCUAGCUAAAUAUAUAAUUUAAAAUAUUUAAAUUAAUAAAAUAAAUGUAACCCAUGAGGGUUUUAAAAAUUUUUUAAAAAAUAUCAAAUGCAUACCUUGCCAAUUGAUCACUGUAGAGCGUGAUCAAUUGGCAGGGAAGGGGUUAAUUUUUAUUAAAGCAGGGGAAAGGGUGGGGGUGGGAUUUAACUUUUUUUUUUUUUUUUUUUUUUUUUUUUCUUUACACAGGGAGAAGAUCAGCAGCACUGAUCCGUCUCCCUGCACUUCACACAGAACCCGGAAGUGCAGGGAGGCGGAAGGUGAGUAUACUGAGCACAUGUGCUCGCUCUGACAGCCUGUCAGAGCGAGCACCGGUGCUGGGACAGCCCGAUCCUAUUAAACCUGCCUCCUAGUCUUUUUUUUAAGAAGUCACUGGAAAUAAUCUCUUUGUCAUCUUGGGUGACUUUCUUUUCUCAUUGUAGUCUCUUCCUCAUCCUUCUAUAAAUAGUUUGUGUUUCCACACACCACUCUUCCAAGCUUAACUAGGAAAGGCUGUCUUUUCUGUCAAUAUCUCCAACUUAUUCCUCUUAAUAAAUCCCUUCUAGACUGUAAGCUCAAACAAGCUAAUAUUUAAUUGUCUGGUGCUGGAGCACAAAGCAAUAAGAGAGAGCACCCUCCCAUCUAUCCAACAGUGGGGGUUGCAACUAUGACACUAUAUAUAAAAGAGAUGUGUGGUUUGUUUGUGUUUUCAUUUUAUAUAAAGUAAAUGUGAGAAAGCAGGAACACUAUGUAUGUACAUUUAUACUCUAGCACUUAUAAAGGACUAACAAAUCUUAGUGAUCUGCAAUAUGCCAGCACACGAGCGAAAGAGUGAAUUGAGAUGAGUACUUUGUUUAAAACUUCAAGUGCUACAAGUAGAGAAUUGUGAAAUAUAGAUAUUUCAUUAAUGUUAAUUAUUUUUAUUUGUAGAUUUGACAUGAAAUAAAUUUGGAAUAUCUUAUGAAAAUGCCACCAAUACAGUGGCUCCAGUUGCCACAAGAAGUCCUUCUACACAUCUUUACAUUCCUAUCUCCAACUGAAAAGGCAAAUGUGCGUGCAACAUGUACUUACUUGCGGACGCUGGUGGACCAUCCAUCUUUAUGGAAAAACAGUAUAAUAGUUUUCAAAAGUAUAGGAAUUUAUAAUGCAAGAUUCUGGGACACUCUUCAGAACCGUAAGAUCUGUUCAGUUGAAGUGAGCAAGGUGACACUAAAACAAUUUAAAAAGAUGGCCUGUUCACUCCCAGAUAUUACCAAUGUUCGAAUGGACUCCUGUUUGAAGGGGGAGAUCCUGCAAGGACUGCAACCACUUUUAAAUCUCAAGCAGUUACAGUUGUCUGACUGCUCCAAUGUGACAGACCAUGAUCUAUUUACAGAAAUUGUUUUUUUCCAACAGCUUACACAUUUGUCAUUAUGCAGAGUGACUUUUUCAAGUGUUCUUCCACUAACCAGCAUUGUUUUACUGCAAAACUUGUAUUCCUUGUCACUCCAUUCAAAAGAAGGCAUUGUACCUGAAAGGGCUUUACAAUAUAUUUUGUUUCGAUUACCAAAACUCAGAGAGUUAUCGCUUGCUAUUGGAAAUAUGAAUAAAUGGAAGCUUUCUUUGUGCUUCAACAUGCCUGAUAACUUUGUUUCUGCUUUUGAAGGUGAGUUUGGACUUGCAUGUGCAGGCUUCUUUUCCUUUUCAAUUAAUGUCAGGGAACAUGUGUCCGACCAGUUUUUAUGCAAAGGAUGAAAUCUAGUGGUAUUCCUACAAUUUGCAAUUUGUUUAAGACCUCAGUGUUGUGCUGUCCUUGGGGGAUAUAAUAGAAACAUUUAAAGCGGCACUGUCAUGGCCGAAUCCUUUAUUUUUUUUUUUUUUUUUUUUUCUCACGACUCCACUACAUCUACCCCGCCCCCUCCCCCUGAUUGUCCAUUAUUGCCUCCACCCACCGCUCAGGGGUGGGGGCCAAUAGGUUUGCUUUUGGGGGUUUUUUUUGGUGGUGUGUGUGGGUGUUGGUUUUAUUUAUUUUUUUAUUUUUUUUUGUGAGCAGCUACUGGCUGCUCACUGUUUACUAGACAUGCCCCUACUCGUGGUAUAGUGAGUAGGGGCAUAAUUUACUAAUACUAAGUAAUCUUUUGGAAGACAGCUCCCUAAUACCAUGGGAAUUAGGGAGUUAUCUACUAAGCGGCUGCAAGAUGCAGCCGCGGCAAUGAAUAGGGUCGGAGUUUAAUUCAUUCGAAUGAAAUUCCGAUACGAACAAAGUGCCGAAUUGAGCUCUAAAACAAACGAACAUACUGUUCUCCAUUGAGUUAAAAUGCAAUUCGGCAGUUUCGUGUAAAAUGACAGGAAGCAUCGCGGGAACACGGGGGAAAGGUAAGAAUUGCAGGAAAAUUGCACUGACCAGCAGAAAUGAAGCACACUUUGCACCUCCGCUGGUCAAGUGGAGGAAACCUCCAUAAGGCAAAGAGUCCCUACUUUCUUAUGACUUUAAAGAAAACUAAAGAAGACAGGAAGAAAAGAAUAACAGAUCCUGAGAGAGGGGGAGAAGAGGAAGAAAUUGAGGAAAGGUAAGUUUGGCAUGACAGUGCCGCUUUAAAUACAUAGAGAAUAAACCGUAAAAGAGGAGACUAUAUUUAAAAGAGGAAAAACUACAACAACAAGAGGACAUAGUCUUAAAUUAGAGGGGCAAAUGUUUAAAAAUAAUAUCAGGAAGUAUUACUUUACUGAGAGGGUAGUGGAUGCAUGGAAUAGCCUUCCAGCUGAAGUGGUAGAGGUUAACUCAGUAAAAGGGUUUAUAGGGAUAGGCAUAAGGCUAUCCUAACUAUAAGAUAAGGCCAGAGACUAAUGAAAGUAUUUAGAAAAUUAGGCAGACUAGAUGGGCCGAAUGGUUCUUAUCUGCCAUCACAUUCUAUGUUUCUUUUAGUUGGUUUAUAGCUGUUACUGCAUUGUAUAAUCCAUUAAGUGCUCUUCUGAAAGUAGUGUUAAUGUAAGAAUUUUAUUGAAAGCUGUUGGCUACUUCCUAAUUGGGUAGAGUUCAUUGCUAGAAAAACUCACAGGACUUGCUUUGACCUCUGCUUAAACUAGGAUGGGCAAGUAUUUUAAAGAAGUGUAUUUUCCAUACAACCAAACCAUAACAAAUUGGUAGAUGCCCUUUCCUCUCAGAAGACAGGUAGCAUAUGGUGGGGUGGGCACUAAAUGCGGUCCUCUCCUAGCCAUAUUAAGGGCAACUACACACUUGACUCCACGGGGUUUCUCUGUCCUCAGGGCUGGUAGCAAUGUUCUCUGUCUGGCCUUUGAAGAAAAGGUUAGACUCUUAAUGUUUUCGUGUCUUGGUUAGAUGUGGUGAGGGGGAUGUGGCCCAUCAGCUUGUGUUCUUGUUUGUAGCGUUACUUACCUUAACCGGGGGCCGGUCGCGGUCCUCUCUUCAAGCCGCGCGCGGUCCUGCGGCUGCACGAGCCGCGCGCGGCUAAUCUGACUGCUUUAGAUGGAAGGCGGGCAGUGACCGCGUGAAGCGGUCACGUGUCCCGCCUGAAACUAAGAGCGCGCCGCGAGUCUCGGGCGCGCUCUUAAAGAGACAGUGGGAGCCUAAUUGCCAAAAGGCUCCCAUUGGCUCCUGUCAUACCACACUCCCUAUACAAUUACCUUUUGUGGGUGUGGAAGUGACAGGAGCCAAUCACUUUCGUUUAAAAGCUAUUUAAACUUACCUUUUUCCCUUAGCUCGUUGCCCUAUCGUGGUUUCUGUUUCAGUUCCCUUUAGCGCUUGUGGUGUUCAGUUGUGUUUUCUCGUAUUGACUUUGGCUUCGUAUUCUGACUUCGUUUUCGCUUUAUCCUUAUCUGUACUGUUUGCCGGCUUGCUGUUUUCCGUGUACCAGACCCCGGCUUGUCCUAGUUUACGCUGUCUCUCUGUGCCCUUGACCUCGGUUUGUUCCUGGCUCUGUCUCCUCUCAUAUACGUCGAGUCCGGCCAUUCUAAGGUCCGGUAGACGUAUCUCUCCUCUGUAUUGGCUUCUGUUUAGCUGGAUCCUGCGUGUAGGGGUAUAUUCUCGUUACAUUGUUAUAGUCUGUGGGACACAUUCCAGGCUCCUGCGUUCCACUCCUAGACCAUCUGAUGGAAGUGGUUUGGGUGCGGUGUCCCUGUCCCCUUAACCCGGCAGCUGAAAACAUUGCAGUUUUAAAGAAACUGCAAUUUUUUUUCAUUACAGGGAUAAUACAUUGUAGCGGAGUAGCAGUAUUAAGAUUAAUAUCUCAGCUGGUAGACUUAAAUAAUAUCCAAGAGAGGCGUAGCUCGGCAAUCCCAUCCAAAUGCCCAAAUAAGAUGAUACACAGCUUUGGGAGUCAACAGUUUUUUGUUUUUUGUUUUUUUUUUUUAUUGAGCCACAGCUGGCUUUUAUAAAAUUCCCCAUGCAAGGGGUUUCCUUAAUUACAUUCCAUGGGUUUUCCCCUGGUGGGGACAGGAAGCAAAGACACAUUUCCCAGACUCCUUUUCUGUACUUGGAAGAUAAUUGUGUAAGGACAAUUCUUUAAUUAGAUUAUCUCCCAAGUACAGAAAAUUUAAACAAUAUUUUUAAACCAUCAUAACUCCUAUAAUAUUAGUCAGGACGCCACAAACACUUCACCGUGUAGCAGGGAUCUGAGCGCCCAAUCUGUCGAAAUACUGCUCAGAUCAGUUCGGUAGAAAAGGAAUGCCAUUCGAGUAAAGUUUUUAGACCUGUCAGCCACAAGGCGAAGCCCUGAUACCGUUCCAUGUGGUUGUAUGCUUUGACCAGUCUUCUUUGGGAGUAUUCACUAUUAAACUAACGAAACGGCUAUCUUUACAUUAGGGUUAAUUCAGCCUCUAGUGGCUGUCUCAUUGACAGCCGCUAGAGGCGCUUCUCACUGUGAUUUUAUUUUAUUUUUUCACUGAAUGCAUUCCCAUGGACUGGCUGGCUGCGCGCGGCUCUUGCUGCGCAUUCAGCCAGGGACAUCAAAAGAGGGAGGAGAGUCCCCAGUGCGGAUGGAGCCCGGGACUGGAAAAAAAGGUAAGGGAUUAACCCCUUCCUCCCCCUUCAGCGCCACGGGAGUGGGACCCUGAGGGUGGGGGCACCCUCUGGGCACUAUAGUGCCAGGAAAAACUGUUUUCCUGGCACUAUAGUGGUCUUUAACAGAAACCUGGCUCUCCCCCUCUGACACUGCUACUCCUGCAUCUUUAUGCUUUGGUGGUCUUCAACUUACCCAUAACCCAAGACCCUCUGAAUGUAAAGGUGGUGCUGUAGGGCUUCUCCUCUCACCUCACUGCUCCUUCAAACCUCUACCCACUCCCACAUUAACCUAUCUUUUGACCUCGGCAACCUCUAAACUACUUGAAUUACUUCCUCCCUCGGUCUAUCGCAGUCGGCUCAUUCUUUUACCCAUGUAGCUGGCAAUACCCUCAACCUAAUCUUCUCUUAUGCAUGUACAGUAUCUGCAACACUCCAUUUCCUCUCUCUGAUCAUCACCUCUUAUCAUUUGCUCUCGAGUACCCCCUCACCCAACAACCUCAGCCUAAACCCUCUCAACCUUAAUUCUAUUAACCUCCAGCAGCUGUUAGCUGAUGUUGAUUCACAACUGUUAUCCAUCCUUUCCCUCACUGGCCAUCUCCACAUAUAACACUACCCUCACCUCUGCAGCCCCACUCCAGACAUGCACCUCGAGGAGAGUGCGCCCCCAACAGUGGCAUACUAAAUUAACACGCUACCUGCAAUGAUGAUUUGCACCCAGUUAGACUUUCUCCAUCAUAGAUUCAUAUUGUGUUCAUACAGCACAGCCAUUGCCCUCCCCAAACAGUCAUACUUUUCCUCUCAUUAGUUCAUGCGCCCGCAAUCCCAGGCGUUUUUGACACUUUUAAUUUUCCUAUUCGCCCUGCUGUGGCUACCCCCCAAACUAAUCUUACAGCCGAUAGCAUUGCAUGUUACUUUACCGACGAGAUUGAACAGCUUAGGAAAUAAUUCUUCCCAACCCUGCCUUUCUCUUUCUCAAUAACCCGUAGAUUAUGCCUUUCCUACCCUUCAGACUUUCUCCCUGGCUACUGAACAAGAGGUGACUGCGCUUCUCCUUUCCUCUCGCCCCACCGCUUGCCCAUUCGAUCCUAUCCCAUCUCAUCAGAUCUUUCUCCCCUUGUCUUGCUCCUUCCUUAACACACAUAAACUGCUCUCUCUCUCUUCUGGCGUUGGCAAAAACGCAAGGUGCUUCUGCACAGCACCGAAAUGCACGUCAGGCGUUUGUCUCGGUCUUUAGGGACAUUACACGCUUACUCACUAUGUGACACUGUAUCAUUUCACGGUUAGGUGGUGUUUUCAUGUUAAGUAGAUAGUGUGCCUACCACUAGCAAGAUUGAGUAACCAUAUUGGGAUAGACAGACAUUGUUUCAUUAUUACAUACAAUGUUGCUUUUUGUACCACCAGACUAACAAGACUGUGGUUACAUACUAUCGGUCUCUCUCCUUCAUUGUUCCUUUGGGGAUUUAAGAACUAUUUACUCUAUGCCGUGGGCAUUCUAAGCUCCACGAUAUCUGUUUCAUAGUUUCACUAUUAGUUGCUCAUCUAUAGCCUCUAUCUAUCUAUUUUAUUCUGUUGAAUGUAUAACUCAUUUCUAUCUAUUUUUGAUGUACCUAGGGCAUCAUAGGAUAUAGUAUAUGUUGGGAUUACUCUAACAGAAUACAUAUACAGUAGAGGCUUUCUUGUAGUGGGAGUCAUAUUUUUAUUUUUUUUUAACCUUUUUUUUUUUUUUACCUUGGUUCCCUGCUUGAUAUAUUCUUUAUUAUGUCAAUACUGCAGUGGUAAUAUUGAGCCUGAUUUAUUAAAGCUCUUAGUAGCUGCGUAUAGUAUUGCUUAGAAAGUAUUUGAUAUUUUACUAUCAUCCAGGGUUUAUUUAUGUACUUUCUAUCUACUUUUUUUUUAUUUUUAUUUUUUUGAUAUAAAGGGAUAUUUAGCCUCGUUUUAACAUACGAAUCGAUUUGAUUUUUUUCUAGACUACUUUAUCAUUUCCAGGUAUACACAGUUGACUAGAUCCGUUUUAAAACGGGUGUAUACUCUGUUUUUCCUUGUUGUUGACUCUCAGAUAUAUCUCUCCCCUGCCGUCUUGCAACAUGUCAUUGCUUGCCUUUCUUCCAUCUCUGACUGGAAGUCCUCCCGCUCUCUAAAACUGAGCUUCUUGUCUUUCCUCCUCCUAUUAUUGAUCCUCCUCUUUCGCUCUCCCUUAAAGUUAGUGGUAUCCACAUAAGUCCAUCCUUGCAAGCGCACUGUCUUGGCGUCCUACUUUAUUCUGGCCUCACCUUUGAGCCCCACAUCCAGUGUGUUGCCAAAUCUUGUAGAUUCCAUCUUAAAAACAUUGCUCGCAUCCGCCCCUUUCUUACACAUGAUGCUACCAAGGAGCUUGUCCAUGCUCUAGUAAUUUCCUGCAUGGAUUAUUGUAACUCUCUCUUAAUUGGUCUUCCCAAAGGCCGUAUUGCCCCGCUACAGUCUGUAAUGAAUGCUGCCGCCAGACUUUUUUUUUUAUUUUUUUUAUUUUUUUUUAAAUUUAUUUAUUUAUUUUUCUUCCUCUCUAGUCUGUUCUUACAUUGGCUUCCUGUAUCCUAUAGGAGUAGGGGUCGACCGAUUUUAUCGGUUUUGCUAUUUCCUGUCAUAAUGUGUUUUAUACCCCACUUCCUAUAGACUGUAAGCUCAUUUGAGCAGGGUAGUUUUCAACCUAUCGUUCCUGUAAGUUUUCUUAUAAUUGUCCUAUUUAUAGUUAAAUCCCAUAUAAUAUAAUAUGGACAGUAGGUGAAGAGGACCAUGUUUAAAUAUCCUAAUUUGUAUUGGAUUAUCAUCACAUCCUCUGCAAAAAGGCAUUUAGUGAAAUAAAAUCCCUUUACCAUCGACAAUAUGAAUCUAAUUAAAAAUUAGCAGCAUCAAGAUGUGACUUGUGGAUUUUGGUUCUAGUUUGACUACUAACUUCUUAAAACUGAAAUUCCUUGGGUUGGGAGGCAUGACCUUCUCAUAGAAGAGCAUUGGGCAUCUGAUGUACAUCCAAGCUAUCCCUAUUGGAGAUUGUGUCCGUUUUACUCUGGUGGACUUAUAAAACUUUUUUUUUUUUUUUUUUUGUAGAUAUAUUUCUUAUGAAUGCAUGUAUGUAUUGGUGAUUUAUAUCUUAAGUGUUUCGAAAAAGUUUCCGUUCUCAUAAACUGCAGCCUUUGCAAGCCUUCUCCUUUUUUUUCCUAGAAGAGACUCAGUCUCUUCAUGGGAAAAUAACUUAUGCCUCUAAAUUGGUGCAAGUCUGCUCUGAGGUCUGAGGAGCUGGUCGGAGGUCUAUGUGGGGAGAGGAGGCAGUCAUGCUCAAUGAGAGAUUGUCUACCACUCCCAUUAGCUCAGGGGAGCCAACGAAAGAAGGCUGCAUACCUCCCUGUCUGUGUUACCUAGUUAAUUUAUAGUUUAAGUUCUGAUUUCUUAUAUAAAUCUGUCUUCUUAUAAACUAGGGUUAAACUAGGAUAUUCUGCAGUUUGUAAACCCUUCUAAUGAAUGUAAGCUAUUAUUAAUAACAAUGGUAGUUCCUUCCUUGAAGGAAUAUAUUUUUUUUUUUCAGCAUAUUUUUAUUGUUCUCUUCAAUAUUUUAAGAUAAACCCUGUAUUCCAAGGCUUCAACUCCACAAGCUUGAGUUGAUGAAUUGUGGCUGUGCGGGCCUCUCAACCAACGCUCUCAACCAGUUAUCUACUCUCAAAAGUGUGUGUUUGAGGCACUUCAAAUAUCUGCAGCACGAAGACUUCAUAGAAACCAUACUCUUGAAGUUACCAAACCUAACCGAACUGAAACUUGAAUGUAAGUCUUAAUCAUAAUCUGAUUUAUUUUGAAAGGCCUUUUUCAAAUAUGGGACUUGCUCAUUCUUAAUUUUUUAAUUUUUUUUUCUCUGGUUUGCUGGGACUAACCUGUCUUUGAGCAGCCCAGAAAAGAGAAUUUACCUCCCGUGAUGAUAUACAAUUUGCAAAAGGUGCAGGGUAUUCAAAAUGUGUUAGUUGAGUUGUUUGGUGUAGCCCACUUUUUCUUCAUCCCCUGACCUUGGCCUGUAUAAUAUGCCAAUUCUAUGAAGCCAGGAAUCUAGAAUAACUAGUUGGUCAAUCAUGCAACUCAAUAGUUUUUAGCUCUGUAUGGUAGACUCUAAAACAGUCUCUUAACAUCCAGAAGCUCACUGAACGACUAUUAACAAAUCAGGAGCUAAAAACUAAACAGGCUGUGUGAAAAAGGAUAUUUAAAUAUUUGUAUUCCUUUACAGGAUGUGUUUAUGGAAGUUGUGACUAGAACUGCAUAAACACAAAGUUCAACAUUUUACACUUGUGUUCCGGGUUUAAACACCUCUCUACUUUCAUAUAUUUAGGGAAGUGUAGCCUUAUUAUGCUACAUACUUGUGGCAGAACCACUGCUUGUUGGGGGGUGGGUGGGUGUGUGUGUGUGUGUGUGUGUGUUUUUUUUUGUUUGUAUGUUAUACCCCACGCACUGUUGGGGAGCGCUCCUAUGAAAAUAACUUCUUUGUCUCCCGAACGGGGACCCCAAUAUUCCAUUUAGAAUGUGAGUUAGAACAUUCAAAUAGAAAAUCUGCACUCUCAACAUACAUGUAAACCACAAGGAAAGCAAUUAAUGAGCGCUCCCCUGGGUGGCCGCCAUUUCAUAUAGACGAGCGCCAAGCAGGGGGAGCGUUCGUACCCCAGAUGGAGAGGCUUCCCUUCCAGGUUUCCGCACAGGAAUCGAAAGAACGGAUACAAUAUUUAAGUCUUGUAAACCCGCCCUUCCCAACCUGUGGUACGCAUAACCCCCAGGGGUACUAACUAUUUUUUCCAGGGGUACAGUUGCACCGGGGUCUACCGGCUGAGGGGGCUCAUUCGGUGGCCCUUGUACUUAGAACAUGUGUCCCCAGGGACCUGAUUAUGCACUGCAGCGAUACCAGGCCCCUGUAAUAUCACAGCGCAGGGAGGAAGAUAGAGCCUGUCCCUUCCUCCCAGAUAGGAGACCGAACUGGAGGGAGAGGAGGCGGGGGUUGGGGGCAGACCGAGAGAGCAGGCCCCUAACUCCUCCCAACAGCCCAGCCAGCAUUAGACACCCUUUUGCACCAAAAAGGUAGGAAACUUGAGGGUGGCUAAAAUUUUGACCUUUUUUUAUGGGUGUCUGUAUUUGUAUGUGUGUCUUGGCAUAUGUCUGUGUAUCUGCAUAUAUGUCAGUGUUUUGCAUCUGCAUGUGUGGCAGUGUUUGUAUUUGCCUGUGUCGGCAUCUGUACGUGUGUAUGAUCCUGCACUCCAUAUAAAAACCUAUUCUAUACCCAGUGCUUGUCAGAAAUGUAGUAGCAAUUAAUCAGAUGGUACUCCCAGGACUUAUUAAAAUUUUCUUAAAUUAUUCCUUUUAUUGCUCAAAAAAUGAAAAUUAAGGUGAAAAAUAGAAAGGAGUACCGGUGAAGCGCUUAUAGGACCACUAUAGUGCCAGGAAAACAUACUCGUUACAAACUUACCUUUUUCCAGCGCUGGGCGGGGAGCUCUCUGCCUCCUAUCCUCCUCCUGGGCUCAAUGUGCACGCGUGGCAAGAGCUGCGCGCGCAUUCAGCCCGUCGCAUCAGAAAGCAUUUACAAUGCUUUCUUAUGGACGCUUGCGUGCUCUCACUGAAAAUCACAGUGAGAAGCACGCAAGCGCCUCUAGUGGCUGUCAUUGAGACAGCCACUAGAGGAAAUAGGGGAAGGCUUAACCCAUUCAUAAACAUAGCAGUUUCUCUGAAACUGCUAUGUUUAUAAAAAAAAAAAAUGGGUUAACCCUAGAAGGACCUGGCACCCAGACCACUUCAUUAAGCUGAAGUGGUCUGGGUGCCUAGAGUGGUCCUUUAAGUGAAAAAAAAAAUAGAUAUGGAAGAAAGUUAACUUUUACCCAAUACUUUCUUUUUACGUUUGCCAAUAGUCUCUUGUUAACCUUUAAGUAAAACAGAAAAAAAUACACAGCAUAGUGCAGAUUGUAUUUUGAAAAUAAAUAGCAACUCACAAUUUUCUGAGCUAUUUUAGCGCCUUAGGAUCCGUAUAGGUGACCCUCUCCCUUCUUCUUUUUUUUUUUUUCUUUAAUCCAGUCCUAUAUGGGUACAGGAGGGGUUAUAUAGUGCAGUACUGUUUGUAUUAUAAAUAAUAUAUGUAAAAUAGUGAAUUAGGUACUCACAAACCCAGAGCCGGUAUACAGGCUCACUUCAGUGAGCAUAUGUGGUUUAAGGAUCACAUUUCUUCUUUAUGUCAGCAGGAAAAAGCCAUAAGUGGAUCAAAAUAUCAACACAACUUAUACCAUAAAAACAUUCAGGUACUCUCCUCCCUCUCUACCCCCCACCCCUGUUGUUGUAAGCAGAGUUGCUUAGAGAUUGCCCAGGCUGGAAUGUGCGCAACUGGUGCCCGUUGUAAGCAUAUUAAUACAUGACUGCCGACUCCAUGACGUCCCCUGGGAUCAUUGCAAUAACAACCCAAAUAAAAUAACGAGUGCUACUGGGCUUAUAACCUGAUUGCGACAUAAUUUGUGGAAGCAUAGUUGGCACACAUAUACAUUAUAUCACUGGCUUGGACCCUCUCUCCUAAUGUCUAGUUUACUGGAACGGCAGAAAUACAUCACUGUGGCUCGAUAUAGUUGCACACCAUCUCCCUGACACUAGAGCUUAAAGCAUGCUGCAUAUACAAGUAGCGACUCUGGCAAAUCUCAUCUUCAAGAAGCUGGUGUGACGAUCAUCUGGCACCCCAAGUGGGUGCCUCCGCCAAUCGAUUCUUCCUAGCUGAGCACCAUCAGCACCGUAGCCCCAAGCCUUAACCGCCGCAGCUUGGCUGGGGUCUAGCCAUCCCUUCCCACCCUGGACCAAAGGCCAAGAGUAUAGCUGUGGUUAAGAGUAAGAGCUAGUGAUUAUAGCCUGUAUAGCUGUUCGCUACAAUCCCGAGACGAGGCUGCGUGUGGAGGGUGAAAAGGAACUGAUUUUAAUUGUGCCACACUUGGCCUUAUAUGACAAUCCCCAUGCAAGGGGUACGCCCCCAUGGACCUUGUGGCGAAAUGAGUUACAAUAUUCACAAUAAGGACAGUAUUUCAUGGCAUACAAUCUCUCCCUUCUCCUGGGAGAUAAUGGAGUCAGAUACUGUAUUUAACCCAAUUAUUUCCAGGCAGAAAAAAAAACACACGUUUCCAAAAGUACCCCAAAACACAAUAUCCCGAUUGCCCUGAUCUGGGUGACCAACAUAUCCAAAAAUCACCCAGAUCAGUUUAGAGGUUCAGGAAUUUUAUGAAAGUAACUAACUUAUUUAACCGACCGCAGGCAUGGUCCCAUGCCCAAAAGCGGUCAGUCUAGUUUGGUAGGUGGAAAACUAACAAACUACUGAACAGAGUCAAUACCCUGGAGCUUGGAGCUUGUUUCCUUCAUCCAGACGAAUGAUCCCACCGAACAGUGCCCUUCAAAGUUGAAUAGAACCGAAACACGGGCGAUGAUGGUAGUCCAGCGUGGUUCGGGAGUUUCUGUAUCCAAUUUUUAGUUCCAAGAGAUUCCUGCCCAAGCACCGCUGCCUACGUUCUUGCAAACAAAAUGGCCGCCACCAGUUGUUCUGGUGCAUAUAAAAGCUCCCUUCAGGCAUUUUCGUGUAAACACGGCCUUUUCAGAGAAAAAGCCGUGUUUACGUUGCCCCUAGGAACACCUCCAAGUGGCGACUCCUUAGAUGGCCACUGGAGGGGUUUCUUUCCUCACUGCUGCACAGUAGGCAGCCCUGCCAUUUAGUGUCCCCACGCUCUGCAUGGAGACGCUGAAUUUUCCUCAUAGAGAUGCAUUGACUCAAUGCAUCUCUAUGAGGAGGUCCUGAUUGCCCAAAACAGCAUUUGGCCACACCCCUGUGCCAAUUUAAGCCAAUUGAAUGCUUUCCCUAUUGCUGCCUAGUAUUUGCAUUGGAUUGGCUAAAAAUAGGCCAUUUUGAUGAUGUUACAAAGGGGGCGAAGCCAUCACAGGCUGACCCGCGCGGCACUGGACAUAAUGUGAGGUUUUUUUUUUUAAUUUUAAUUUUUUUUUUUUUUUUUUUUUUAUAAUGUGGCCUAAGGGGUGGAAGCCACAUAAAUGGUGGGUUUAGCACUAUAGGGUCAGAAAUACAUGUUUGUGUUCCUGACCCUAUAGUGAUCCUUUUUCAACUAAGAAUUGCUUGAUAGAUUUAUAUCUAUCUUGUGUAUUAGUUAAUGGUAAUCUGCGUAUGUCUGGGUAUGUAGUGUUAGGGAUCAACCGUUAUUGAUUUUAUUUAUAUAUAUAUAUAUAUAUAUAUUUUAUUAUUUUUUAUGCCGAUACGAUGCCUAUAAUCUGUUAACUUUCAGGCAGAUAACUUACCGAUAUUCUGUCCAUUUACUGUUUUGAAAAGACUAUUUCUACACAAAUCUGUUAACUGAACAAAUUUUAUUAUUUUUUGUUUUGCAACUUUUUAUUUAUUAAGGUAAAUGCACAAAAUAUACAUGUCAGUCAGAAUUUAUAUGUGUGUAUGUGGGGUAGGAAUCUGUGUAUUUUUUUUAAAUACAAAUAAUUUUAUAUAAUUACAUUUAAAAAAAUAAAUAAAAAAAAAAUAAUAAUUUUAGGUAUCACGUAUUCCUAGUUAUGAACAGACCAAGCUGUCUAGUCCGUAACCAUUUCAAUAAUUCAUUUUGAAUUGGAUACUAGGAACCAUAGCUAAUUUGUUUAAAUUGAGUGGUUAGCUCUUUUCAUUUUGUUUUGUUUAUAAGCUGAUCAAUAGGCUUACUUUGCUCUUGUUCACCAAUACAUAUUUUAAGUCUGUUACAUGCUGUUAUGGUCAACACUUUUCAUGUAACAUCCAUACCCUAUUUGGCCAUGCUACCACACAUAUUUGUGUAUAGCGUUAUGUUCUACCCCCUUCCCUUUAUAUUCAUCCUAUUGCAGGGCUGGAUAAAUCCCACGUCGCCAUUGCGACCAGGAAUUUUGCCCUGGCAACUUGGAUUUGUGAGACCUUUCCCCCACCGAGGACGGCUGGCUGCACAUAGUGUAGGCGAGUGAGCUUGUGAUCUUCCUGCUCUGCUCCCUUGUGUGAGGCUGGGGUUUAAAUAUGACGUCACUCCGGCCCCGGCAUCACUAAGCCGUGCGUGAUGGCGCUGAGCAGGAAGAUCACAACUCCCUUUUAGGGAUCGACCGAAGGUCGGUUUUGCCGAUAUUCUGUUUUUUCGGCAAUAUCUGUAUCGGCCAAUAGAGUUACCGAUAUUGCCGAUAAUACAUAACAAGGCCACCGGGCUCAUUACAAGCCUGGCUGUCCUGGGGGGCCCGCCGGAAGCUGUUACUUACCUCCCAAAAGCUCCCCAGUGUAAAUCUCGCGAGUCCCAUGUUUGCAUAUUUUACAUAUCAGGACAUAAACAUUUUGCUAAUGUGAUGGAUAUAGAUUAUGGAAAUGGGCUGCCUAGGGGUACACAAGGGAUGAAGGUAGUGAACCACUGUUGUAAAUUGACUUAUUGUUUUUUUUUUCAAUUGCUUGGAUGAUCUUGUAUGAUUCUACUACGGAUACUGAUUUUAACAUGUUUUAUGUUCACCAGGGGCUGCACCCUUUGAACCCUUAAUGUGCCCAAUUUCAUCUAAACUAGAAAACCUCAGUGUUGUGGGCACUCAAAUCUCCAAUGCUGCUCUAGUGUGGUUCUCAAAAAGUGCCAAUGGACUAAAGUGUUUGAAUUUAAAUUUUUCGUAUGGAUAUGAUGAAGAUGUUGUGAAAAAGUUCCCUUGUUUGUUUCCACAUCUGCAAAAACUCUACCUCAGGUAUGCUUCAUAUCAAUUUAUGUAUAUAAUCUAUACCGUACAAUCAGGCCAUUCAUUUUUCAUAUUGCUGUGUUGUGCUGCAAUUGUUUUAAAUCCUUUUUUUUUUUUUUUCCUACAUCAACACUCAGUACUUCAUGACAGUACAAAAAAUCAUUUCAGAUAUAUUGAACAGUACUGAAAUAUCACAUUAAGACAAAUACAUGCAUCACUAGAAAAUAUAUAAAAUAUAUAAAAUUAUAUAUAGUAGAAUUUUCCUUGCACUCACACUUAAGUAGUCCAAUGUGCCUUAUUAGGCUUGCCGGGUGCCAGUCUUUAGGGUCCUUCAAUGUAGUAUACAAAACAAAGCAGGCUGCACUCACGGAUUUCUAAACUUCAAGUGUGAUUUUAUUUUUGGAUGGAAUAAAAUCACACUUGAAGUUUAGAAGUCCGUGAGUGCAGCCUGCUUUGUUUUGUAUACUAUGUAUAAUAUCUCUCUCUCUCUCUCUCUCUCUCGUUUGUUGGUUUGGUUUGUGCAAGCAAACAAGGAAAAACUAUGAAUUUCAAUCUCUCCUUUACUGCUUGCACCAACUCCUACAUAUUUGAUCCUUUUUGCUUUUGUUUUGAGCAGCUACGUGUUAAUUAACCCUGUGCCUUUGGUACAAUAUACUUUUAUUAUAAUUGGGUGAUUUUACUUUGAUUUUAAGUUUUAUGAAGAAAUAUAGUGUAUAGUACUAUAUGCACUGAGUGAUUACCACACUGCACAUAAGAAUGAUGGCCACCACUGUAAGCUUUAUAGAGCAUAUGUUACACUCCUGAAAACUACAUCACCUUGUUCUAGACUAGAGAAAGGUAAUGGGACACUACCAGAAUGUUAAGGGGGUGUGGUAUGCUCUGUAGUUUAUACACAAAUAAAAACACACAUUUUUACAUUCUCCUCUCUUUCUAAUUUUCUAAUUCCCUUUUUUUCUUUUUUUUUUUUUAAUUAUAAUCUUUUAACCCAUCCCUGCAGUUAGGAGCUAAGUUUCUAAAGGGCUAACAAGGCACUUAAGCUUUAGUAAUACACAUUUUUAUUCCUAAUGCUAUAGUGUUCCUUUUAACCCCUUAAGGACACAUGACGUGUGACAUGUCAUGAUUCCCUUUUACUCCAGAAGUUUGGUCCUUAAGGGGUUAAACCAGUAAGGCUAGAAAUUGGAGAGAUAAGUCUAACAUUAGGUUAGACCCCUCUGAAAUGCGCUUUCUAAGCACCAAAACUAGUACAUAGUUUUGAUUUUUAAAAAUCACCGGAAUUCAUAUUUAGUGUCAUUAGGCUGACACUGAACACCUUUUUAAUGUUUCUCAUGGUGAAGUAUUCUAAUGUAAAAAAGUGGUGUGUGUCUUUUCCAGACUUUCUGGAGCAACAGAUGGAGGAAUCUAUAUUAAAGGACACUAUAGUCACCAGAUCAACUACAGACUUUUGUAGUUGUUCUGGUGAGUAUAGCCUGUCCAUGUUUUUUAUAUAAACUCUACCUCUUCAGAGAAAAGGCAGUGUUUACAUUUACUGCCUUGGGACACCUCCAGUACCCACUCCUCAGACUGCCACUGGAGGUGCUUCCUGGGUCAGUGCCUCACAGUGUGCAGCACUGACGUUAAAAGUCUCCACAAGAAGAUGCUGAUUGAUCAGGGUGGCGUUUAUUAUAUUAUAACAAUACAGUAAGUAUGACAUUUUUUUUUUUUUUUUUUUCUUUCUUCUGACAGCCAAAGCAGUUCCCCUGCAACCAUCUCCGUAGAUGCCUGUUGUGGCCAUGUGAUCGCUCUUUGAGAGCGAUUAAAUAGCCUGCGCGGCAGUCCCCAAGAAGUGGAUCACGGUGGAGGAAAGUCCACCAGAGCUCCAGGCGCUGAAAGCAGUUACAGCGUUCCAUGCUGCCACAGCGGCUUUAAAGCCCAUUAUAAGGCGGUAAUGGCAUUAAGGGGUUAACUUUUGCCAUUUAAAUACCCCCAUCCCUCCAAAAGAAACUUAAUUUGCAAAUCUAAAAGCAUAUUUAGGCAGGCAGUGAAAAUGAAUACCCAUCGUUUGUCAUUCUGACAUUGUGCUGAAUUAAGUAAGUACUCUGUACACUCAAGAUAAAUUGUCUGUUAUGAGUUUUUUUGUUAAAAGCUUUUAGCUAUCUAUACUUUAAUAGUUAUUCUAUUUUAAUAUGAAACUACCUCAACCUGGAGUAUUUUGUUCGUAUCUAUAGAUGUUACUUACAAUUUUUUUUUUUUUUACACUACCAGUAAUACCAGGUUAACUGAAGAAUCCUUGGUUGUGUUGGCCAACCUUUACUCUCUGCAAGUUCUUGACAUCUCAAACAACCUGCAUCUGACACCAGAAGCUAUCCUCGCCUUCAGGAAAAUAACCUCUAACAGAAUUGGCUUAAUUCUGGAGAGACCAAUUGAAAGUGUAAAGUACUGCUGUUGGUGAAAUGGGCGGAGUGGAAUAUGGGAUUUGCUUUAUUUCUUCAUCUAUUCUACUAAACAGCUGACCAAUGCUGCACUGCACUUUCCACUGCUGCCCAUAAGCACAUUAUUAAUAGGGAAAUCUAUUUUAUAGAGUUCAUGUGUUUUUGUUAUUUAUUUUGUAAAAAUGUCAAACAAAUUUUGCUGCUCUUACCCCCUUUCCAACAGGGUUAUUAACAAAUGUGUAAGUUGUGAAUUCCAAAUUGUAGACCAAAGUAGCUGCAUUCAAAUAUGACUGAAUUUUUCCAUUUCCGUUAUUGCGCCUGUUUAAAACUUUAUUUUGAAUUCCUAUUAAUUUACUAUUUAGUGACUGCCUUUGUUUGAAAAUAGGGUUAAAAGUAUAUCUUAUAUAACUUUUCUUCCUCCUCUAUAGAACAUUCAUAACAGUUUCCAUAUAUACCCAGAACCAUAUUAAUGUAUAUGUUUGGGCAGAACUUGAGGGGAACCAAUUAGGUUAAUGCACCUAUAACCAAUGAUUCUUCCUAUCCUUCUCUCUGUUCCCUGGUAGAGGCAUAAAUCAAUCUCAAAUUCCAAAUUGUCCCUUCACAUGAGAGAGACUUCUGUGCCAUUUGCCACAGACUGCAAUAAUAGCUGAAUAAAUGAAUUCACCGGGAUUCUAAUGGCAUUGUAAAUGCAUUUGUUCAGGCACACUGGGUGGAUCUUUAGCAAAGGGCCAGCAUAUACAGCAAAGCACUAAUAUCGUGAAGAGAACCUUGUUUUGUGUCUAGUGUUUCCAUGUGAAAUGCUUUUGACCACAAUUGCUCUACAAUGAAGCAAAUACUUUUUUGCAAUAUGUUCCAACGGUUUGUCAUAUUUGCUGAAGUAUGCUGUAGGAUACAUGGUUUAUCAUCAACUGAGUAAAAUCAAGUUGAACGCUAGUUAACAGACUGAAUUAGCCAUGGACAAAAAGUAGUCCAUCAAAAUACAGUCCUGUUGAAUAUUGUCAAAUGGCACAUGGCCAGCUGGAGUGUGAGAGUGAUCAUUUCCACCUGCUCCUAUAAGCAAUGGUAGACUGAAGGAAGGGGAUAGAGUGGACCCUUCCACUAUUGUUCUGUGGCAUGCAAGUAAAUAACUUGGAGUGCAGCUUUUAGCCUUGUGGUCCGUAAAGGGGUACUAUAGGCAUCAAAACAACUUUAGCAUAUUGAAUCAGUUUUAGGGUAUAGAUCAUGCCUUUGCAGUCUCACUGUUAAAUACUCUGCAAUUUUGGAGUUAAAUCACAUGUUUAUUUAUAUACAGCCUAACCAAACCACCUCUGGUUAUGACUGACACAACCUGCAUGACAAAAAUGGUUUAAUGCUCAAUAAGAUGCUAACUAGCUUUUGAAGUUUGUAUCUCCUGCUCUGUAAAUUAAACUUUAAUUGCACACAGAGGGCUGUGGCUGGGUAUAAAAGACUAUCUAUUAACAGAGCAGGGUAGAUUCAAAAUUUAAACAAUGUGCAAUAAACUAAGUGUAAACAUUAGAUGACUCUUUACAGGAAGUGUUUAGGAAGGCUGUGCAAGUCGCAUGCAGGUAGGUGUGACUAGAGCUGUAUAAACAAAGGGAUUUAACUCUUAAAUGGCAGAUAAUUGAGCAGUGAGACUGCAGUGGAAUGCUCUAUACACCAAAACUGCUUCAUUGAGCUAAAUUUGUUUUGGUGCCUAUAGUGUAACUUAAGUUUCUUUCAUUGCCUAACCCCUUAACCUAUUCUUUAACUGCUCCCUAACUGAAGUGUAGGUAGAAAGUGUGUGCCCAAAACUGUAAGGUAACAUGAAUUCAUUCUGUUUCUUCUAUUGCUUGAUGGAGCAUAACUGAAUAUAAAAACAUUCAACCUAUGCAAGCAAUGGCUGCCUAUCCUGUAGCACAUUCCCAACAGACGAGAUUUUAUAUGUAACCUGUUUCUGUUACACUCUACUCUCUUCUCAAAAUAUUAGUCCAGAGUUUAGGCUGCUUACUGAAAAUGAACUGUUGCUUGUCAAUACAUGUUGCACAAUGAAGUGGUAAACUUUAGAGUAUAGAUCAGUGGGUGUAGGUAUUCAAGUGUGAAUACUCCAGAAUAAAAGAAAAUUACAAGAGCUAAAACGUGAAGUCCACUUUCAGUUCCUGAUAACUCCUGCUUCAGUAUUUAACCCUGUCAAAGUAUGGUUAUCCACCUGGUGUAGACUAGUCUACAUUGCUGGGUUUAAGCUGGAUUUGUGCACAAAUUAGUUUUGGCUGGUUCAUCCAAAACAAAAUGCUUUUAAUUCACACCUGGGCGAAUCAAUUUGUUCAGAUGUUAAUUAAAAAGGUUCCAUUAAGACAAAUCAGUAGAACUUUUUUUUUUUUCUCAUAAAUCUAGUUUAGACUUCUUUUUCACGAGUCUAUCCCUAGCAGGGGUCUUUAGCAUGGGGCCAAACUGCACCUAAAAGAUUUGUUAAUGUUUUGAGUUAAGGAGAAACUACACCUGUUCAUGUUUUGUAAGUGAGUUUUCCAAUAAGAAAUACUGGUGUUUUUGGUACUGGCUAACUUUUUUUAUUUUUUUUAUUUAAAAUAUAUGCAAUUAAUUAAAGUGCCUGACAAUAUUAAGAUAGAAUAUAUAUUUUAUUUUUUCCACAAUAUUGAUUCAUGUUGUAAUGGGGGAAAGGGGCUUUAGAUUAAAGGACAAGAAUACCAGAUAAAAAUGAUAUGCUUUUAUUACUUAAAUCAGUUAGCAAGUUAAUAAAAUACUUUAUUUUUUUUAUAAAGAGCAGUGCAGUUAUUUAAAACACUUCUUCACAGAAACCCACUCCUGUGUGGUGGCGGACAUUCUUGCUGUUGGUAUCAUUACAAAUUUCAUCAGUUUAGAAACUUUUGGGUGAUCUCUGAUAUUCUUUCUCUCAUGAUGGGGGAAGCUUUACCCAGAUUCGGUGAAAAUUUCCUUAAUUAGUUUUGUGGAAAUUGCUAGAUUGCAGGAUUAACCGAAC